CAAUUCAAAUAAUUGGAUCAAAAUAGAAACAAAAUUCAUAACAACCAAGUGUAAAAAAAGUAAACGAAAAUAAACGAAAACACAAAUUAGAUUCACUGAAAAAGACGUUUAUCUGAUUAAACAACCAUUACGGGUGAAGGAAGAAAUAAGAGAAUACAGAGUGUAGUGGAUUAGAAUAUGAAGUUCGUACAAAGAGUGACCCUUGUAGUUUUUUGGGGAUUUACAUUAUUGUUUUUUAAUAAGACAGUGAUAAUUUCUUUUUCAACAUACUAUCAAACAGUGUACAACAGCUUUGGCAAAACGUUACAAAACGAUACGAAUAAAAUACUAUUAUUUCAUGGAAGAAACAUUUCGACGCAGUUUGAGAGCUUUUACAUCAAUGCUUCUGAUAAUGAACUAAUGGAUCCAUUUAUCCAUCAACAUCGUUACGAACUAUUACUCAAUCAAAAUGUGAAAUGCAAAGGGAAAAAUGUUUUUCUUCUAAUGUUUGUUCAUAUGGCACCGGUCAAUUUUGAUGGACGUAACUUGAUUAGAUCCACGUUUGGAUCCAUUCUAAAAUUUCAAAAUAAACGCAUUGAACAUGUAUUUGUGCUCGGCAAAACCGAAAAUGUAACUCUUCAACUAGAAAUCGAACAUGAAAGUAAAAGAUACAUGGACAUUAUUCAAGGUAAUUUCAUAGAUUCAUACAGGAAUUUAACAUACAAACUUAUAUUUAGUUUGUUUUGGGUGAAUAAUUUCUGCAACAAUGCAAAAUUCGUCAUCAAGAUGGACGAUGAUAUUAUAAUAAAUAUCCCACUCAUAAUACCCUACCUGGCAGAGAAGUUAAAGGCUGGAAAAACAGUCAAUGUUCUGGAAUGUAAAACGAUAACGAAAAAUAUUCCGGUUCGUGAAAGGAACAAUAAAUGGUUUAUAACACCGGAAGAAUACCCAUUCACAAAGUUUCUCCCAUAUUGUGCUGGACACAGUUCUAUAAUGUCAAUUGACGUUGUAAGAAAAAUGUACAGAGCAUCAAAGAAUGUACCUUAUUUAUGGUUAGAGGAUGUUUAUGGAAGUGGAUUUUUAUCUUUGCUUUUAAAGUUAAAUAUGUGUAUGCCCAAAUUUUAUUUUGAACCUGUGAUAAGUAGUUUAUAUGAUAAGCCAUGCAGUUUAUUUUAUUUGAAUAUUUUAAAAAAUGACACCAAUGCACUAGUUUUAUGGCAUACCAUAACACAAUAUGAAAAAAGAGUCAACUGUACGUUUAGAUAUUAAAUUUGAAUAUACGCGUUUCUAAAUAUUCCCUACUGGACGUUAAGCAAACAACAUUGAACCAAAGCUUUAACCUUAUAUAUUUCCACAUUCAGUGAUACGCAAAACCAAGGUAAAAAUUCAUUAUACUUGAAAUUUCACAUCAUAAUGAACAAAUGAACUCAGUUUUAUUUGGCGUUACCACAACUUCAUUGAAAGCUACCUACAACUAAAACCGUAACAUGAUACGGGUCGGACUAGCUAUAUAAUAUAUGACUUAGCAUUUCCUUUCCAUUUUCAACAUUUGCAUACAGAUAUGUUCAUUGUUUUAAUGCUCGAAUGGCAAAUAAGAAUUUAAAGAUAGAAAAUGAGUAAAAUAAAAUCUCAUUAAACAAACAGAAACAAUAACUAUCACCCCGAGUUUACAUACUAUUUGACUAUGGUCGGAUGGAAGAAAGGAUUGACGAACACAAAACAACACUGAGGAAAACCAUACUUACGACUCACUGUCGCAUAAAAAGCUGGUCGUUUUUUAUUGUGUUGGCAUCUGUAUUUGAUUGUUGUUUAUUUAUGAAAUAGUAAUAACAAUAUA